UCUUUAACAGUAUAGCGCACGCGAUACCUCACCGUUGAGUGUUUAUGUUAUGCAUCCCUUUUGGAAUUGGAUUGUCAAGUUCUUUCCACGAUGGCUGGCACCGAACGUUAUGACCUUCCUCGGAUUCCUAUGUACAGCUUUAAAUUUUUUCCUACUCUCAUAUUAUGAUUGGAAUUUCUAUGCCAGUUCCGGCCUGGAUGGUACAACACCCAUCCCUUCCUGGGUAUGGCUGUGUACGGCCAUCAACAUUUUCCUGGCCUACACCCUCGAUGGCAUUGAUGGUAAACAGGCAAGGCGCAUAGGCCUCUCUGGACCGUUGGGAGAACUUUUUGAUCAUGGAUUAGAUUCGUACACAGCUGUAUUGAUACCCACAUGUCUGUAUAGUAUAUUCGGACGUUCGCCGACCUAUUCUGUGGCACCCAUACGUAUGUACUAUGUAUGUUGGAUGGUGUUCUUUAACUUUUAUGUUUCCCAUUGGGAGAAAUAUAAUACCGGUGUCCUCUACCUACCCUGGGGCUAUGAUCUGAGUAUGUGGGGCUCUACAGCUAUGUAUCUGAUCACAUGGUGGUGUGGUUUUGAAUUUUGGAAACGUGAACUGCCAUUUGGCAUCCCGCUGGGUAAUGCCAUGGAAUUUUUGCUGCAUUUCAGUGCCAUGGCCAAUACACCCAUGGUGGUGGUGAAUAUUUACAACUCUUAUGUCCAGCGUACGGGUAAAAUGCGCACAUUUAAGGAAGCCAUACGGCCACUGUGGCCCCUCUUGGCCUUUAUGGUUUUACUUAUACUGUGGCCUUUUAUCUCACCCAAUGAUAUUAUGGAAAAGGAUCCCCGGGUGCUGUUUAUGCUGAGCGGUACCAUAUUUUCAAAUAUUAGUUGCCGCCUGAUUGUUGCCCAAAUGUCGAAUACACGCUGUGAAAGUUUCCACUGGAUGACACCGAUCUAUGUGAUUUGUAUAGCCCUCGGUCUGUGGCUGCCAUUCCUAGAACGUUUCAUGUUAUAUUUCCUAUUCGUGAUCACCACGCUUGCCCAUUGGCAUUAUGGCGCUGCUGUGGUCAAUCAAAUGUGUGAACAUUUCAAUCGGAUUUGUUUCAGUGUACAUAUGCGACAACCUGCUGCAGAUAAAUUAAAGGCCAAAAUUAAUGGUCAAAGCUCAAAAUUCCCUCUAUAUCAACAAUAA